AUGGGCGCCGUAGUCAUUGGAAAGACUAAAACCACACAAUUCGCACUCGGUGAGCGACCCACUGCCGACUAUGUUGAUCAAUUGGCGCCUUUCAAUCCUAGAGGUGAUGGAUAUCAACACCCUCAGGGAUCUUCUGCUGGUACGGGGGCCGCUCUAGCCUCGUAUCCUUGGCUGGACAUCGCGACUGGCUCCGAUACUGGUGGCUCGCUGGCGGUGUUCCUCGAUGCGGAAAUGAUGAGAAUGAACACGAAUGCGAGCUUCAACUCAUACUCUAAUACCUCUGAGGGUAUGUCGACAUAUAUCGGUCUGACUUAUUCCAACAUUACAAACUAUGAUCAGUACCGACUACUCGCUCAGCCAUUCAAGCAGCAAUACCUAGCCAAAUUUGGCAAGUCGCCUUACUGGAACCCGCAGACGCGUGUAAGGUGGGAACGUGGCGCAACGCUUCCACUCGCAAGCUAUCAGAACGCAACCCAUCGCCACCAGACUUUCCAAAAGUGGUUCCGCAGUACUUUGACACCUACAUGCGAAUCGACACUUGUGUUGUAUCCCAUGGGUGCCGGCACUGAAGACUACAGGGACAUCUACCCAACCUCACCUCCGAGCCCUAUCUUUGGCGCCGGUCUGCCUGGGAACCAGAUGGCGGUUAUGGCUGCGUUGCCGGAUUAUACGGUACCGAUCGGCGAGCAGACGUACCACUCUCGCGUUACGGAACGGAACGAGACGCUGCCAGUCACCAUUGGCAUUGUCGCCGCAGCGGGAUGCGAUCAUAUGUUGAUGGACCUAGUUGCUGAUCUAGCAGACGCAGGCAUCAUCGCGGGUGAAGUGAAGACGGGGAGUAGCAUGUACUAG